UUAACUGCAACAUGUCUGCGUCCAUGGUGAGAGCGACCGUCCGAGCGGUCAGCAAACGAAAAAUAUUACCUACUAGAGCCGCCCUGACACUGACUCCAUCGGCUGUGAGCAAGGUCAGGUCAUUGUUGCAGGACAAGCCGGAAUACAUCGGUUUGAAGGUCGGAGUGAGAACACGUGGCUGUAAUGGACUGACUUACACACUGGACUACACCAAGGAGAGAGAUAAGUCUGAUGAGGAAGUGCUGCAGGAUGGUGUGAGGGUGUUCAUAGAGAAGAAGGCUCAGCUGACCCUUCUGGGAACUGAGAUGGACUUUGUGGAGUCAAAACUGUCCAGUGAAUUUGUCUUCAACAAUCCCAACAUCAAGGGAACAUGUGGCUGUGGAGAAAGCUUCAACGUGUAAGCAUCAUGGAGCCUCUGUCCUCCCCGCACCCUUGCUGCUCCAAGCCCUGUCCCGCCCAAAAAGACUGAGAGACUGAAUGUUGCGAGGAAGCCAGACAUGAGGAAAUCUCUUAGAUGUGGACGUGCCUGCGUUCCCACCACUGCUUUUCCAGCAGACCACUCAUAUACGCACACUCAUGAACCCCAAGUACGUCCAUGCUUAGAGGAGGGUUUUAAUACACUCGGUGUAUUUAAAACCAGGUCAACAUUUAGAUGUUUAGGUUCAGAUACCUCUGUUGUUGACAACUGCUUUUUUUAUUCUUAUUUAGGGUUCUACACUGAAUAUACCUUAGAAGGACCUCAAAAGCAAUUCAGUAACUGCCAUUGUGGCUUCUAUCGUACACAUAUACGCACAUUAUUUUCAAAUUGCACCAUGACCUGUAUGUAGGAGAAAAGGGUACAAGGAACAACACGGCCAAGAACGUACUCGCUGAAGCUGAGAGUUGAUCACGUUUAACUCGGUAAAGCUAAAAGGCUAAAGCAUGACGCAGUAAGUUAGUAUUCUGUUUCCAAGUUUUAAAUCUAUCCACCAAAAUCCAUAGAUGUUAAGGUUGACAGCAGCGGUUUGAUAAACACUGUAAGACAGUGUAAUUUUAUCCAGUGUCAUGUACCAGUAGUUUGCAGAAGGGAAGAAGAAGAAGAGUUUGAGUGUCUUGAAACUGCUUUAUUGGUUUGUAUAAGUACGUAUUUAUGUGUGUAAAUAUAAAGAAUGUAACUUUCCCUUGAACCACACGAACGCACAAAAAAAAAACACACACACACCAAACAUAUAUCCCUCAUGUAAGAGUACAUGAGA